AAAAAAGAGAAGAAAAAAAUGUCGCAGUUGGGACCUGACCGAGACCAGUGAAGACAGAGUGUGCGUGCACUGUCACUGUGGUUGUUUGUGUGUGGGGAAGUGUGAGUAACUGCUGCAAUAUCUCUCCUUUUUAGGCAAACAAAAAAAAAGUAUAGCAAUAGGGAAGGAAACAAAGGGCAGGGCUGGUGGGAGGUUGAGCCAAAGCAUGAAACUGUUAGCCUCUUGUUCUUCUGCUUUUUCUUUUUGUUUUGAAAGAGUAAACGAUGGGGAAUUGUGGGACUAGGGAGGAAUCUGCUGGGGCUGUUGUUUCCCAUGCUCAUCAUCAAGUUCAACAGCUCCAUAUGUUAUCGGUGGGUGGUAGAAAUGGUCCGCCAGAGAGGAAGCACAGCCGUUCGGCUUCAGAUCUGAGCGAUUCCUCUUCAACAACAUCGCGCAUGGGUAUCCUUGAGGACUCGAGGAAGAAUGCCGUGCUCUACACCCAUGUCAUCGCGUUUACGCUAUUUGAGCUGGAGACCAUUACCAAGAGCUUCCGCUCUGACUACAUUCUUGGUGAGGGUGGGUUUGGAACCGUAUACAAGGGUUACAUUGAUGAGAAUGUGAGGGUUGGCCUUAAAUCUCUCCCCGUUGCUGUCAAGGUUCUCAACAAGGAGGGUCUUCAGGGCCACAGAGAAUGGCUUACGGAGGUUAACUUCCUCGGGCAGCUCAGGCAUUCCAACCUGGUGAAGUUGAUCGGAUAUUGCUGUGAGGAUGACCACAGAUUACUUGUUUAUGAGUUCAUGUUCCGAGGAAGCCUCGAGAAUCAUUUGUUCCGAAAGGCAACUGUUCCGUUAUCUUGGGCUACAAGAAUGUUGAUUGCUCUUGGGGCAGCAAAAGGGCUUGCUUUCCUUCACAAUGCUGAAAGGCCUGUUAUUUAUCGCGACUUCAAGACCUCUAAUAUAUUAUUGGACUCUGACUAUACAGCAAAGCUUUCUGAUUUUGGGCUUGCAAAAGCUGGGCCACAAGGUGAUGAGACCCAUGUAUCCACUCGGGUGAUGGGUACCUACGGUUAUGCUGCCCCUGAAUAUGUGAUGACUGGACACCUAACUGCCAGGAGUGACGUCUACAGCUUUGGAGUUGUUCUUCUAGAGCUUUUGACGGGAAGAAAAUCCGUUGACAAGACAAGGCCAAGCAGGGAACAGAGUUUAGUGGAUUGGGCCCGGCCCAAACUGAACGACAAGAGAAAGAUGUUGCAAAUUAUAGAUCCCAGGCUAGAGAACCAGUACUCAGUGAGGGCAGCACAGAAAGCAUGCAGCUUGGCAUACUACUGCCUUAGCCAAAACCCCAAAGCAAGGCCCUUAAUGAGUGAUGUGGUUGAGACUUUAGAGCCUCUACAAAGUAGUAGUGGUGCGGCAAAUGAAGUCUCAUCUUCAUCAUCAUCAUCAAUAGUUGGUGAGACAUUUUCCAUGGGGGGAAUUACAGAUUACCAAAUGCGUCGCAGGUUUGCUGGCAAUGUUGGUGCUGGGGCUGUUUGUCGCUCUCCUAACCCUAAUUGUUCCCCUGGUCCUCCUGCAUGCCGUGUUAGAUGAGAAAUGGUGCAUAUUUUUGUUUUUUUUGAGCCUUCUGGUUGACUUUUUGUCGAUUUCGUCUUUGCUCCACUCUCUUUGGAAAUGCUGUAAUUUGCUUGUUAAAACAUGGUGCAUUUGCUACCUGGUGUAAAUGGUAAUGAUGAUUCUGAAGCUGUGGGGAUUAUUUCAAUAGAGACGAUGGUACUCAAUAUUUGUGGUGGUAACUUGUUCGUUUAAAUACGAUGUUAAUUACGUAUCA